AUGGCUCCAACAAUCGUUCUUAUUAGUGGUGCUAACAGAGGUUUAGAAAAAGGUCUCCUAGCCCAAUAUAUGAGCAAACCCGAUCACAUCGUCAUUGCUGCUAAUCGGGACCCUUCGCAUCCAACGUCGAAAGCUCUCUCAGAGCUGCCUACUGGUGCUAAUUCCAAGCUCGACCUCGUCAUCGCUAACGCUGGUGUAUCUUACGCGUGGCCCUCUAUUGUCGAUCUAAAGAUUGAAGAUCUAGAAGGCCAUUUCAUUCCAAGUGUUUAUAGAGCUGUGAGAUUGUAUCAGGCGACUUUGUCAUUGUUAUUGAAGAGUGAGAAUCCAAAAUAUGUUACUAUUGGGAGUACGGCGGGAACGAUCACUCGUCGAGGCCCGUUGAACGCCUUCGUUCUUGAUCCCGGCUGGUACCAAACAGAGCUCGGUAAUUCCGGAGCCGUCUAUUUUGGAAUGGAUCAAGCAGCCGUUUCAGUUGAAGAUUCAUGUGCCCUAAUGGUGCCGCUUAUUACGAAGAGUACGAAGGAGAGUCACGGGGGGAAAUUUUGGAGUUAUAAGGGGGGUCAGUUGGAGUGGUAA